AUGCCGUCUCGACGGAACAAAGCUGCCGAUGGCGAGUGCAAGACGCGGGUCGCCAUCAUCGGCACUGGCCUGGCCGGCCUGACGACAGCGUAUCUGCUGCAUCACGACGCGCAGAAGCGCUACGAGGUGACGCUCUUUGAACAGGCUCCCAAGUUCUCCCUCGAUGCCGCGUCAGUCACCAUCAAAAACGCCAAAAGUGGCACGACCGAGCGCAUCGACAUCCCGCCGCGCAGCUUCUGCCGCGGCUACUACGCCAACCUGUGCCGCAUGUACGACCACCUCGGCGUGCCCUUUCAGCAGAUCCAGCUCAUCUGGGUCUUUACUCGCAUUUCCGCCGCCGCCCAGGCGCAGGUGCCGUCUCCUGAGGCCGUCCAGACGAUGCCCGGGAACUACUUUGUGUAUGGCAAGAGGCUGCACGAGAUGCUGCUGAUUUCGCCGCAUUUCUGGCGCGGGUCGGUGCAAUCGAUCCUGCAGACGCUGUAUUUGGCGCUUUGCCACAUCUGGUUCUUUGCGGCCUGUUUUCUGUUUUCACCUCGGAUGAUGAAGGCUGAGGCGUAUCUGGAUGUGAGGUCGGUGGCAAAGGAGAAGAACGGCAGCGCCCGCAGCUGUGAGUCGUUUAGGCAAUACCUCGAUCGCAUCCGGCUGCCGCAGACCUACGCGCUGUACUAUCUACUGCCUGUGCUGAGCAUCAUCUGCAGCUGCUCGCACGCCGAGAUGCUGGAUUUCCCGGCGAGUGACGUGACGGAAUUCGUCAAGGGCUCGUUUCUGCGCAAGACGUAUGUGGCACGUGGCGGCAUCAACCGCGUCCAGGCGACGCUGGCGGCGGGCAUCGAAGACGUCCGCCUAGAGACCCGUGUUACAAAGGUGGACCGAGUUGAUGGAGGCGUUCUGAUACGCUCUCAGAGCGUCAAUGGUGAUGCUGCUGCUGCUGCUUCUGAGGAGGUCUUUGACCGCGUCGUGCUCGCCGUGUCGCCCAACGUCGCCGCCGCCAUCUUCAACCCGGCCAAGCCUCUGCUGAGCGUCAUUCCUACGGUCCCCGUCACAAGCACCGUCGCGGCCCCUCUCGCAUCAGGACUAUCCGUCAUGCCCGAAAAGACUCACGUCCCGUCCGGAGAAUGCUCGUACCGCCGCGGAGACGCCCAGGUCAUGGCUUUUAGGACGACAUUUUCCGAGAGCGUUGUUCAGACGGAGACGCUGCACUAUUUGUCUGAUGGGUUGGUCGUGAGGACGAGUCCUGUGGGUGAUGCGCCAGAGUUGAAGGGGACGCUGGACACGGCGAGGUUUACGCGGACGUUGCGGACUACGGAGAGCAGAGCCGCCGUGCAGAGGGUUCUGGGGACUGGGAAAGAGGCGGCAGGAGAUGAAGGCGUGUGGACGAAUGGGAGGGAUAAUGUCUGGAUUGUGGGAUCGUGGUGCUGGGAUGGGAUGGUGUUAUUGGAGGGGUGUGUUUUGUCGGCGAUGAGAGUGGCUAGAGACUUGGGGGUUGAAGUGCCGUGGGAGCGGUAG